UGGGCAGACUUUAACUCACCUCCACUACAAAGGCUUCACACGGCAGAGCACACAGGGAGACUUUGACUCCAGAAUAUCUCCUUCAGUACCUGCUUGUGUAUGAAUGAACCAGUUUGUCUUCUUGUUAAUCUUCGAAAAUGGUGGGACUCUCAUCCACUGCUGUUGAGGCAAUGGAGGUCCUGGUGAGUGAGCUCGGCAUACUGCUGCAGAUGCUGGACCAGGAGAACCUCAGCUCCUCCACGCAGGAGAAGAAGACCUCUGUGUGGAACCUCCUGCAGCAGAUACAGCCAUCAGUUUCAGGAACAGACUACAUCUACAUGAACUCAGCAGUGUACAGAAAUGGCACCAGCUUUGUAGAGUCCCUCUUUGAGACAUUUGAUUGCGAGCUUGGAGACCUAAAGGAUGUUACAGAUGAUCUGAAAGAAGACAAGAACACACAAGCUGACACUUUAAAACAGCAGAACUGUGCAGACUCACCAGCCCCACACUCAGCUGACUCUCCUCCCCCACUGCCCACAACACCUCCUCCUGAGGAGUACUAUGAGGAGGCAGUGCCCCUCAGUCCUGGCAAGAUGCCCGAGUACAUCAUUGCACGAGUCAGGCCUAGCCCUCCCAACUCUAUAGAGGAUGGGUAUGAAGAUGCUGAAAACAACUAUCCCACUACCUGCAUAAGCACACACCGUAAAAACUCAUACAAUGACUCCGAUGCUCUGAGCAGUUCCUACGAGUCCUACGAGGAGGAUGAGGAGGAGAGAAGCCCCGGCGUCCGACUCACUCAUCAGUGGCCCUCAGAUGAGAGCUCCAUGCCUCCUGCCAGGGACUGUCGCAUCUGUGCCUUCCUGCUGCGCAAGAAACGUUUUGGCCAAUGGGCGAAGCAGCUCACUGUCAUACGGGAGAACAGACUACAGUGCUAUAAGAGUUCAAAGGAGACGUCCCCCUAUGUGGACCUGCUGCUACCCCAGUGCACUGUGGUCUAUGCACCCAAAGACAGCAAGAGGAAGCACCAUGAACUUCGGUUCACUUUGCCCAAUGGAGAUGCCCUGGUGCUAGCGGUACAAAGCAAGGAGCAGGCCCACAGAUGGCUAAGGGUCGUUAGAGAGGUGAGCGGUCAGAGUGCAGGACCUGAGGAAACUGCAUCUCCUGUCAUUCCAAGAAAAACCGAACUUGACAAGAGGUUAUCUGCCGAGAGGAACACAUCAGAUUCAGACAGUGUGGGUGUGUCAACUGGAGAGAACGGCAAGGUGAAACGGGGGGCUUUCGCUGCGGGCCGUAAAAUCACACGUAUCAUCAGCUUCUCCAAGAAGAAGCCCCCACGGCCAGGAGAUCCCCGGAUAUCCUACAGCGACCCUCGACAAGGCUACCUGUCAUUGCUGGUGAAUCAGGUGUGGCGGGAACAGUGGUGUUGUGUGUGCAGAGGCUCCCUGCGUUUCUACCAUGACAAAGGAGACCCUAGGACCUCCCUGCCUUCACUUCCCCUCCACGGGUGCGAGGUGGUCCCGGGACUGGGACCCAAGCAUCCCUUUGCCUUCCGAAUCCUACGGAACAGCACAGAGGUGGCAGCUCUGGAGGCUAGCAGCUCAGAGGAACUUGGAAGGUGGCUUGGCGUCCUCUUGGCAGAGACAGGCUCCGCGACAGAUCCAGAGUCACUGCAUUACGACUACGUUGACGUGGAAACCAUUGCUAACAUCCGCGACGCUGCACGGCAUUCCUUCCUGUGGGCCACGUCCUCCAGCAGUACCUCCACAGACUCCAGAACAUAUGAUGAGGUCCCUAACGAGGAUGUGCAGUCAGGGGAGAACCACAGGCAGCAAUCUGGGAAUCAGGGGAAGUGGCGGUCAAGUUUCUCCAGCAGCGACUCUGACAGAACCAAGCCAUUAGUCUCCCUCAAACGAACAGGCUCAAACGCCAACCAGUAUGGAAAGUAUGGGAAAACACGAGCUGAAGAGGAUGCCAAGCGUUACCUGAAAGAGAAAGAGGAGCUAGAAAGAGAGAGGGAUGGGAUACGAAAUGCACUAGUGACCCUCAGACAGGAGAAAACUGAGCUGAGAGAAGAGCUGAAGACGGCCUCUGCAGAGAGGAGGAAGUCGUCCCUGAGCAAACGUGUGUCCCAGCUGGAAGACGCUUGUCGAGCUAAAGAGGCGGAGAGGGUGGACCUGGAGCUCCGGCUGACUCAGGUCCAAGAAAACCUCAAGAAGAGCCUGGCCGGUGGGGCGCUGGGUGCGCCUGUUGAGGCCAAACCCCCCGUUAAGGCCUCCAGCAAGAAGACACAGAACAUCUAUAGUGAUUCAUUACCAGUGAACUGUGCCUUAGAGAUGCGCCGCAGACCUCCAUCUGUUUAUGCUUCUUCUACAGGAACUGUCAUGCAGAAGGCAAAGGAAUGGGAGUCAAAGAAAGGAACCUAAGAGUAGAAUCGUGGAAAGGACUGGAGAAACAAUGAAUGGAUUUCAGGAUCUGACUGUUGGGACAUUCAAUCCCACUAAGGAUAACCUUCCCUCUACAUCACCAAAGCACAAACAUGUUUCAUUUUGGAUUACAGAGGAAAUAAACUGUAAUGAAAGAAAUGAGCCACUAGGUGGAGGUACAUCUCACUGAAUAUUUACUGUUCUGUAAUCCUAAAAGGACUCUUCCAAAUGUGAGGAAGCCAAAGACUGCCCACUGUCUGUGCCCAGUUAUUUUCUUUGUCUUUGGUGAUUCCAGUGUGGCAAUGAGAGAAGAGAGGAAGCAGGGUUUGUAAAAGAAAGAUGCAAGAAAAGUGUGUUGAAGAGCAUAGAGAGUGCAUAGUAUGCAGCUUUGUAAUCGAAAGGCAACACAGGUUUGUGUCAUCCAGUGUUGUAAAUACUUUACUAAGGUGCGAAGUGAGAAAUGUGAGGAUGGAGGCAGUUUAAGCCACGAUGUGCCUGCUACAUAAUGUCUUGUUUUUUCUGCCUGUACAGAGUGAGCCAUGACUACUGUUUUGUCUGUUUUAUACUUUAUUACUGUUCAAGGUUUCUUUUCUUGACUUGCCUGUCAGAGGUAUUCAGCUCUGUACCAUGCAGGGCUGAGCGUAUCAUUGUUUCAUGACUGCACUUAUUAGCCUCCCCUCUCAGGUUGAAGCUGUGCUCGACAGCAAGGCCUGCUGAAUAAUGUGUUUGGAACAAAAUGCGACACCCCCUUGACCCUUUUUGGCACCCACUCAAAAAGAGUUAAAUACUUCUGCAAGAGAUAAUUGAGUGACUAACAAAGUGGUGCUAUACAGUGAUACAAAGCAGCCUUUCUCUUUUCUGAUGAUCCUGUGGUUGACAUUUGCACUUUACUGUUCUGCCUUGAUGAGGGAAUAAUAUAUGUGUCUUAUUCUCAAACAUUUGGCCUUUAGUCAUGUGUUAUCAUGCAGACACUGAACUUCUUCAUUAAAAUGCACCAA